AUGAGACCACAAAUUAUCCAUAUUUUAGGAGGUCCUGGCUGCGGAAAGGGCACCCAGUGUGUGAGACUAGCUACAAAAUAUAAUUUUAAACAUUUGUCCGCAGGAGAUUUACUUAGAUAGGAAUAAUCUAGAGAAGGAUCCCAGUACAGUAAGCUUAUUUCAGAUAUCAUCAAAGAAGGAAAGAUAGUACCUGAUUUUAUUACUUGCAACUUGCUUGUCGAUAGCAUUCUCAACGAAUAGAAAACAAAUAAAUUUUUGAUUGAUGGUUAUCCCAGAAACGAAGAAAAUUUGAAAGGCUGGUUGAGUGCCACUAAGGAAAAGCAGCUAGAUAUUUAAGCCUUAAUAUUUUUCGAAUGUUCAAAGGAAAUCAUGUGGGAAAGAAUUAAAAAAAGAGCUUAGAUUUCCAAUAGAGAAGAUGAUAAUUUGAAUUCAUUUACUAAGAGAUUAGACACAUUCUACAAUCAUACAAUGAAAGUUAAGGACUAUUUUGAAAGCCAAGAUAAAUGCAUUACAAUUAAUGCCGAAGAUACCCCUGAAAAUAUAUUUGCCACCAUUGAAACAAGGCUUUAGCUUCUGUUGAAAUGA